CUGGGGGGAGAUACGGGAGCUAUGGAUCAGUUGGAACUAUAUCGACAAUAUUUUUACCUUAGUCUCUGACCCAGUUCAUAUCUGAGUUGCUUUUUUCGCAAGCAAAAUUUUCAUUUUAUUUAGAAAGAGUUGUUGCAUUGGCCCCAUUAUGUGUGUUUUGCGUGUAAACAUUUUUCGGUGACUCAUUUCACUAGUUGAUCUUUACGUAAUGCAGUGACUCAUUAACGACCUCACUCGAAAUCAUCCAGCAAAAUGCAAGCAAUCAAGUGUGUGGUGGUCGGCGACGGAGCUGUUGGUAAAACAUGUCUUCUCAUCAGUUAUACAACAAAUGCCUUUCCGGGUGAAUACAUACCCACAGUAUUCGACAAUUAUUCGGCCAAUGUUAUGGUUGACGGUAAACCGAUCAAUCUGGGCCUAUGGGAUACAGCCGGCCAGGAGGAUUACGACAGAUUGCGACCGUUGUCCUAUCCACAGACCGAUGUCUUUUUGAUUUGUUUUUCGCUGGUCAAUCCGGCAUCAUUCGAAAAUGUGCGGGCCAAAUGGUUCCCGGAGGUGCGCCAUCACUGUCCGAAUACACCGAUCAUUUUAGUGGGCACAAAAUUGGAUUUGCGAGAUGAUAAGAGCACAAUAGAGAAAUUACGCGAUAAAAAACUGGCACCGGUCACGUAUCCGCAAGGUUUGGCCAUGGCCAAAGAAAUCUAUUCCGUCAAAUAUUUGGAAUGUUCGGCAUUGACACAGAAGGGAUUAAAAACGGUUUUCGAUGAAGCUAUACGGGCUGUAUUGUGUCCGGUGAUUACGACAAAACCGAAACGCAAGUGUACGUUACUAUAAGGUGGAAAUAGUAAGCGUACCCGUGGAAGCAACAAGCAAAACAAAAAAAAAUUUAAUCAGAAGAAAUUUGGUGUGUGGAUUUUUUACGUGUUUUGUCGCUAUAAAUUCCCAUCAUCCAAAGUGUUUGUUAUAUCGUCAACAGUACUAAGUAUCAUGUGAAAAAAAUUAAUAAAAUUACAAGAGAAAGAUGAAGCAAAAAAAAGUUUAAAAUAAAUAAAAAAUCAAUAUCAUGUGCGUGCACAACACUUGCAUCUUGAAAAAAAUAUAAUUCGAUUUAAUUGUUGUAAAAACUAACGAAAAAGUUUCAUUUUUACUAAGCUCGUGUUUAUAAUACAGACCAGUAUAUAUAUUACAAUGUGUAGGCAUGUAAAAUUCCCAUUCAGAUGAUUUUCAUUCUUUCAUUUUUAUUAAAUUCAUUCAAAUCGAAAACAAUAAUUCAGUCAGUCAGUAAAACACUACACACAACCCACAUAAUGUAAUGUAAUUGAACGACAUUGCCUUUAAUCAAUUCAGUGCUCCGGUCGUAUUUAUUUUAUAUAGAAUCUAUGUCUGUGUGUGUACGUGUCUGUGGAUAUUUCCAGCAAGAGACACAAAAUGCUAACAUCCUCUCUUCCCCCCAUUCAUCAUUUAUAUGCUCUUUUGGUUAGCCGCCCAUAUCAAUGAGAUAGAAAUCGAAAAUGAGAUAAAUAUUUAAACGAAAAAAAAAACAAAAAAAAAUCACUGCCGCGCCGCACACAUGAAAAUAUUAAAUAAAAAUUUAAAGAAGAGAAGAGGAAAAAUAAAAGAAACUAAAAUUACGAACAAGGCCAAGGCAAUGAGUUUUAAUAAUAGCAGAGCGAUUUUUUGUUUUUAACACAUUCAUCAUGAUUGUAACAUGUGAAUGAUUAAUGGUGGUCUGAAUUCAGAAAAUUUUAGUUUUUCAAUUUCCCUCGG